UUGUGAGCACCACAACAAAAAUGGCGACUUUGAUGUUAGUGUUAUCUAAUUUUGUUUUUUGCAUUUUUCAUGAAUUUUACCCGAUAAAUUAGUUGUUUGAUAGACUGUUUAAAGAUUUGUGGUUGUUUUCAUAUUAUGUCAUUGAGUGAAAUUAGCGUUUUUCUUGUGGAUUAUAUUUAUUGUUACCCCAUAGGUUAAUAAUACUUGGGACAUCAUGGAUGAGUGUGAAAACUAUAAUUACAACUCUUCCUCGUUGGGAAAAGUUAUUUUGAAGAUAAAUCAGAUGUGUAAGAAGCCUACAAUUGAGGCCGGAUUAUGUGAGCAACUUGAUUUGUUUGUGGAAAAAUUACACGAAUCUGACAAAUAUCUUGAAAAUGGAAUAUUCAAUGUUAAUUUUACGGAGGCUGCUUUGUUUGUACAAAGUGCAACAGAACUUUACAGCAAAAAGGUUGACCUACUUUGGGAUAACAUUUUGGAGUACCAGAAACGCAUGAUUUUAUAUGAAACCAAACGCGAUGGCCAAGAGAUAGACAAACUCGAAGAGCGCAUCAAUCGUUUUAAGCGAAAGAAAACCAAAAUCCUAACCAACCAGCAGAUGGUUGAUCCGGUCCAAUCUCUGUUCAAAGAAAGCGAUCUUCACGAAAUAGACAUCGAACGCAUCGACACCGUCUACCAAAAUUGGGGCAUCCCGAGGGAAGAAAACCAACACAGGACCGGCGAAAGCGACGUUUUCGACAUAAAGCAGGACACAUCGCACAUUGACAACCUGGCCAUAUACGAUGAUGAGCAUGACGUGCUGUACGACGAACCGAAUAUUACAAUGAAAAGGUGGCAUGGCAUGAAUAUCCUUAGGAUGAUCUAUAAUUUAUACGAUAAAGGUUUGGUGAAUGAUAUGCCUAAAAUAAUAACGAAAAUCCGGACGGAUGUCGAUCUGGAGUACCGGUUCCGGUUGGAGAAUGACAUAUCGCCGGAAGUUUCAACGGAGAAAAUCGAUCAUGAGCUACGCGAUUGGGUGCAGAGCUUUAUUUUAGCAAAAAGGGCAAAUAUUUCGCAUGAACUCGAAUGUAUAAGAAAGAAAGUGUGCCCUGUUGAAACAAUAAUUAACUUGCAAAGACUACCGUCCCUUUUGGUUAACAAAAAACUGAGAAGAAAAAGCAUAAUGGAUUAUCCGCCGGACAUAACCUCGUCUGAAAACAGUUGCAACAUGAUUGAAGAUUUAGUGCCUGAAAAAUCCAAACCUUCAGAAGAGAUGCUACCACUAUUAACUAUGCGCUUAGAAAAUUUAGCGGAUAAAGAUACAACAGACCGUAAAUUAAGCCAGGAUUCAGGAUUUUGCGACAUGUCUUCAGAUGAGUUAAUGGCUGAAGAUUUUGAACAGGAAAAUGGCCCACAUGAACUUGAACCACAAUGUACACUUAAUGUUACACAACAAAAUGAUGAUAUUUUGAAAGACUUGGAAAAUUUAAGAGAGAUUGAAAAACAGGGCGAGAAAGAAAGUGUUCAAGAACCAGAAAAUGAACCUCAAGUGGAAAAAUCAAAUGAGGAAGAAGGUUUAGAAGAAGAAGAAAUAAACCAAAUUGAUGUUACUAUUAAAGAAGUUGUUAAAAGUUGCCAAACAGAAAGAAAGAAAAGAGAAAAAAUAUUGGUUAAAUCUGUCAAAAUAAAUGAGCAAGAAGACAACAAAAGGAAGAUCAAAGAGGAUAAUGUCCUGGACACUCCUCUAAAGAGAAGAAAGUUGUCCAAAAAACAAAUCGCAAAGUUUUCCAUACCAAUUAAAGAGUCAAAAAUGUCAACUUUUGAAAAAUUUUAUUCAUUAAAUUACACUGCAGAAACUAAUGAGGGUACUGUUGAAGAAUAUGAAAGCGAAUCAGAUAACGAAGAUACAGAAGUAUUUCUUGGCUUUCCCCAUGAAGAAAUUGAGCAAUACUUACAAGAAAAAGUAUAUGAAAAAGAAACAAGUAAAGAUAUUGAGGCACUACAAGAUUCAGCUGAUAAUGAUGCAAAUGAAGUUGAGCAUGAUGAAGUACCCAACAUUAAUGACGAUUUUGAGGCAUCUCAAGAGGAUACAGAACCAGCUGAAGUACCUGAACUUAGUGUAGAGCCAUCUACUAGUAAAACCAAGAAAAAAGACCCAAACAUGGGCCCAACAAAUGAAGAUAUUGCCGAGUCGAGGGAGAACGUGAAAAAAUGGAAACUUUCAAUCAUGCCGCAAUUAAAAGCGUUAAAAAACGCUGAAUUUGACAUUCAUAAAUACGGUUCUCAGAUUAUGGAACCUUUGGAAAUUAACGAAGUUAAAAUGUUUAAAGAUAUUGUAAAGGAAAAAUCUUCUGCCGAAGUGGUGAGGUAUUUUAUAUCUUCAUUGCAGUUGGCAAAUACUUAUAACAUUGAAAUUGGCGGGGCUCAAAAGGCCAAAUUGUCAAAUGACACUUUUAAAAUAAAAUUGUUAACGAAAGAAAGAUAUCAUGAGCAUUUAAAUGAUUACGAAGCGCCAUCAGAGGAAAAUUUCCGAGAAAGAAUACAAAAAAUUCAUAAACUGCAGGAUGUGAAAGAAAACUCUUCAAAAACCAAACAGCCACCCAGUAAAAGACAAAAAGUUUCAAAUUAAUUUUAUUGAGUUUUUUGAGUCUUUUACAUAAUGUACAAAAUGUUUUCUUUUAAUUUUGUCAAUAUUCUUAUUAACAAAUAUUGUUGUAAUUUCAAAGAUUUAUUUUAUAUAUAAAACAUAAAAAUUGGUAUUGGUAACACCUUUUUACACCAAAAACUUUCUGUAAGCUUAAACUGGAAGCAAUAAAAUUAAUAAAUACUUUCAAGUUUCUUUACAAUUAAUAUUGUAGAUUGGCAUUUUAUACAUUAUAUCUAGCUUUAUUUUUUUGAAUAGGCAAGUUUUAUGGAGUUUUUAACUUUUCUGUACCUAAAAACAAUAUUAAGACAUUCUAAUGUUGAAAUUAAUUAUUUUUCUAUGCAACAGUGGAAUGUCGUUGUAUAAAAAGAAUCAGUGUAUAUUUUUCUGUAUUGUAAAUUUAUUUACAUAGUUUUCAUAUUUCAUAAAAAACUAAUUUAUUAGUAUUAGUUAUUACAUCACCGAAUAUGUUUUUUGAGGCCCAGUAGAAUAUUCUUACUAAAUUAAAAUAAAAGGAAUAAUUAUUAAAAUCUUAAUAUUAUAUGAUUAUAAUCAGUGUCGGCAAUUCACUAUUUUUUUUAUAUCAGUGUACGGAUAUUAUACGUAAACAUUGUAAAUUUUCUGAAAAAUUGACAUUGGAAUUUUUGUCGUACUACCCUUUAAAUAAAAUAAGUCACUUUUUCAUAAAAUUUCCCAAUUGUUCAGGAAAAAAUCGUUUUUUUUCCGCCGACCUGAAAUUAAUUUUUGUUAUUUAAAUUACUCUAAAGAAAACUAUACACUGGUCUAUUGUUACACUUGUAAAUAAUUUUUGUGUAAAACAAAAACAGAAUACAUAUUUUUAUCCAAAUUUUUAUAUAAAUUUCUUAUAUCUGUGAUUACAUUAAAACAUUUAAUAGAUCCUUAGACUUGUAUUUUAAAACUUAGUUCAUUAUUUGUAUGUAUAGCUAAUUUAGGAUACAAUUAGCUUAAAUUUUUUACCACAAAGAAAAUAGAUCAGUUUAUUUUGGGAUUUCUAAAUGUUAAUAAUAAAUAAAAUCUAAGCAUAAA